AUGACGUCCACCGACGAGGGGACCUCGUACGUUGCAGAUGAUGGUGGGUUGGAUGAUAAGUUCAAUGUGGAUCCACCUCAAGAGGCCGACCCCAAUGGUGUAGAAGUUGCAUUAUUUUCUGAACCAGAGCUUGUUCCAUCCGAACCUGAAGACGUUGAAGGGGGUUUAGAUGAAGAAGAAGAAGAUCCGAUUCAAGGUUCGACAUUGGAUUCGGGUGAUUUGGAAGUUGGUAAGAAGUUUUCCAGUAAGGAUAGUUUUCUUGGAGCUUUGAAACAACGUAGCAUCAAUCACGGGGUUAAUUACAACGUGGUUAAAUUUAAAUCCGAGAAGUUUGAGGCCAAGUGUGCAAUGCAAGACGGUGUUUCACAAAAUCAUCCCAAGAUGGAUUUAGGCAUGAUAGCUAGUUUAAUACUACUAAUUUUGAAGGCGGAUCCCAGGACUUCUGUGCUAGAGAGGUACGUCUCAGGUUGCAUGACAGAGUUUGAAACGGUCCCUGCGUACUACAACGACCGAUUGCUUCGUGGAUGCCAAAUGUUCAAACGUCUGUUCUGGAGCUUUAAGCAAUGUCGAGACGCAUUUGUGUACUACAAGCCAUUGGUACAAAUUGAUGGUACAUUUAUGUAUGGUGGAUAUACCCAUCUGCUAUUGCUAGUUGUGGUACAGGAUGGCGGUAGGAGAAUCCUUCCAAUUGUGUUUGCAAUAACACAUGGGGAGUCAGCUGAUGAUUGGGAUUUCUUUCUUUCUAGGUUAAGAAGGCAUGUACGCCCCCAACCUGAUAUCUGCAUUAUAUUGGAUCGGGGUAUUAGAAUACUAGCCGCAAUUGAGUGA